UUGAACCACGGCCACUUAUUCACCAUGAGCAAUCUCCAGUUCACACCAUUCACGUCUCAAGUCUCUCCUCAGCUCUGGCAUCAGCUAUCAAAACUCAAGAUUGAUGAGCUCAAACUGUCCCAGGACUCCAUCCCCCUCAAAGCCACGUACUCUGCCGGUAGAACGACCGUAGAUCGCGAAACCGGUAAAGAAAUCGGCCUGGGAUGUACUUUCAACGCCCCAUCGCCAAAUGUAGCAGUCUCGUCUGGGACUGUAGUCAACUAUAACACGAUAGAAGAGUUUAAAGCUUCAGACAAGAAGGCUCUCUUUCGCGAACUUACCGACAGGAUGUGGGAUUCUUGGGUUGGAGAUGAACCGGAUUUAAAUUCUUUCCUUCUUAUAACAUUUGCGGAUCUCAAAAAGUACAAGUUCUACUACUGGUUCGCCUUCCCUGGCUUCGUCUUUACCGAUCCAUAUACGGUACAGGGAGAUGGCCUAGUUGCCGCUGAAAGCGCUCUCGGACACGAACAACUCCAAGCUAUCGCAGCAGUCACUCCUGCACACCCAGCCGUUUUUCUACUGAAACCAAAUGGAAAGGGUGGAUAUGAAUCAUCAGCGAAAAUCAACGCUUAUACAAGUUUCUUCAAAGAUACGCCCGAAGACUCUCGUGUCGUUGGUUUCCUCGACCCGUCUUCCGACCCUCAAUCUCCAGGAUGGCCUCUUCUCAACAUACUCGCCUACCUGUUCCACCUCUCACCCAAUGUAAAGUCUCACCGCGUCCUCUGUUGGCGUGAUACCGUCGCUCCGGGAGCCGGCCAGUGGAAAUCUCGAUUCGCCACCAUUAAUGUCGGCGCUGGCUCCAUUCCGGGCACACGUCCUUCAGCCGUAGGUUGGGAGCGCAACGCACAGGGCAAGCUCGCGCCCCGUCUCGCGGACCUCGGCUCGUCCAUGGACCCAUUGCAACUCGCUGACCAGGCCCUCGGAUUGAACCUCAAAUUGAUGCGAUGGCGUAUCCUUCCUCAGCUCAACCUCGAGACGGUGGCGGAUACGAAAUGUCUCUUGUUGGGUGCUGGAACACUUGGGUGCUAUGUCGCUCGUACGUUGAUGGCUUGGGGAGUCAAAAAGAUUUCCUUUGUCGACUCGGCAAAGGUUUCCUUUUCCAAUCCGGUGCGACAGCCAUUGUUCGAGUUUGAGGACUGUCUCGAGGGUGGAAAGCCCAAAGCAGAAUGCGCGGCGGACAGACUGAAAAAGAUUUAUCCCGGUAUUGAUGCCACAGGAUACUCAAUGUCCAUUCCUAUGCCAGGACAUCCUGUCUCAAAGGAGCUCUUGGAACAAACCAAGAAGGAUGUGGAAUUGCUCGAGAAACUGAUAGGCGAGCACGACGUCGUGUUCUUGCUGAUGGACUCGCGCGAGAGUCGAUGGCUUCCCAGCGUAGUGGCUGCCUCAAAGGGCAAGAUCGUUAUGAAUGCGGCCCUUGGAUUUGACACCUUUGUGGUGAUGAGACACGGUGCUCGCGCGACUUCGUUCCCAAAGGACCAUACUGGCAUUAAACUCGGCUGCUAUUAUUGCAACGAUGUUGUAGCACCAAAAGAUGUGG